AGCUUAAGAAAAAAUUAAUCGGUGAAGUGACAGUUGCAACAAUCGUUCUCGCUUAUUACGUUCAUUAAUUGCAUAUACCAAAAGAAGAGAGAUUUUCAAGCGUUAAGUGACAUUGACAGUUUCUACGAGUAUAUUGAGUCGCGAACCGAUUUGUUUUCUUUCGCAGACAAGAGGAAACUCAAAAUGGCAGACGACAAAAAUGAUGAUACGCCGGAGCGGAAUUCGGAAAGUAAAUUGGAUCCAGCCGAGGAGAGAUCACGCUAUUUCAAAAAACUGGAAAAAUGGCUCCAGGAGGCGUACGCCUGGCAGAGUGUCGCGGCGAUGUUUCCUUAUUACGUGAUGUCGGGACACGUUGCAAAUUCGACACCCGCUCCAGCACCUUUCCAAUCAAAUGAAGUACCGACAGUGCCGACUAGGCAAGGAGUAGUGAUCGGAAAUGCAGAGGCACAGAACGAAGCAAUCAGACAAAGGAGACCUCAGGAACAACCGACAGGACCUUUCCAACCUCCAGGAGCUGAAGGUUACGAGUACCGUAUUCCUCCGAUCUGGAAAAGGUUUGUCGCCGAAUUCAUAGAUUCAACAAUGCUGUUUCUCUUGAAAUUCUCCAUCACCUUCAUCGCAAUUGACGUCUUCGACUUCAUAGACAUUGACGAUUUAGAUUUGUUACAAACAAAUCUGCGUAUCGAUUAUAAGAUGGCUCUGGAGAUGACUUAUGGGAUUUUGGUUUUAGAAGUGAUACAUCGUGUGAUAGUUUGUAUUUUCGAGGCCUUCUGGCUUCAACAUGGCGUGUAUGGUUUUAUCGGAGGUGCCACUCCCGGUAAAUACGUGAUGGGUUUACGGGUGGUGCAAUGUCGAAGUAUAACUCCCGUGGAACGUCCCAACGAACCGGACAUUGUUCUGGUGAGCCCUGGAACUGAUUUGGGCCUACCGUUGGCACUGGGCCGAUCGGUGAUGAAGAACUUUGUGCUGGCGUUCCUCUUUCCGAUUUGCUUCUCGCUUUUCUUCUUUAGGUUCAAUAGGACUGGCUACGAUUUAAUUUGUAAUUCUGUUGUCGUGGAGGAUCCUUACAGAAAUUCGAACAACAACCGAAUACACCAGCAGUAAUCCGUUGGACGAAUACUGCAUGAAAUUCUGUGAUGUGUAUAUAACGACUGUCUGUGCUUCUAGUAUCUACGUAUGCGUGCGGGUCCAUGCGUGUGUAUGAUGUGUAUAUACGUGUAAAAAAAUAUAAAUAAAUAAAUAAAUAAAUAAAUAAAUAACGUUGCGGCUAGAAGCCGUUCCUGCAAA